UCUGUACUUGAAUACAAUAACGUCUCCAUGUGCUUUAACGGCUCCGUUUCGCUCAUUCGCAAACUCCUGCCCCCAAGGGCCGGGGAGCCCUGUCUCCUCGUCUUGGGACUGGACAAUGCUGGCAAAUCCUCUCUGACCGGAAGCCUAGCUGACAAAUUGGGCGACGGUAACGUAACUGCUUCUAUGGAGGUCACAGAAGUGCGCCUCAAGAUCAAAAGCACCAAACUACAGAUGUUUGAUCUAAACGGACGGCUGAAAAACCGACAGCUCUGGGCCAACUAUUACAAGAAUGUCAGGGGCUUGAUCUUUGUCAUCGACAGCAAGGAUGCGGCCCGGCUGAGCGAGGCUCGUUGCGUGCUCUGUGAUGUUCUGCUGGACGAGCGACUGCGGAAUGUCCCACUGCUGAUUGUGGCCAACAAACAGGACGCCUUGGGUGCCAUGUCCAGCCGCCUUAUGGUCGAUUUGAUGGGUCUGAGCCGCUUGGAGGGACGCGAGUGGAUCAUACUAGAGUGUUCGGUGACGACAGGCAGCGGUAUUCAGGGCAUCAUCGGUUGGAUUUCCAAGAAUAUACGAAAGUGAUCGGUUAACCCAUUCGUUAAUUGAGCUAUAAUUCUGUUCUAAAUUUUAAAUGAAGCUUAACAAGGAACUAAUCAAGGUUCA